AUGAAUCACUUUUCUUAAAAUUGCAAAGUCAUAUAAAAUAUAAAUAGCAAUAAUUACUUUUGGAAAAAUCUGAUCUGUUCACUAUUCAUCUUUAAAAGAAGAAGCCUCUCUAUUCUAAAACUACAGAAUAAUAUUUAAAGUGGCUCAUUCAUAUAUUGCUUUGAAACUAAAUAAAAUUUCAAUAACUUUAUAAAGGAAAACAUUUUCUCAGCUAAUCUUAGAACUUCUAUAUAUAUUAAUAACUCAAAUAUACAAAACUAUAAAAUUAGGAUAUAUAAAUAAUUAAUUAAAAAAACCUUGCUGAGAAUUCGCUGUUCAAUUAUUUGUAAAUAAAUAUAAGCGUAUUUGUUUUUCAUUUUAGUGUUUCUAUAAAAUGAAACUAGAAUUGAUAGAGACGCAUUCUGUUUUAUAAAAGAAAAUUUUCUAUUUAUUUAAACUAUAUUGUUUCAUUUAUAUAUGAUAUAUUUUUUAUACAUAAACUAUUUAACAUUAUUCAAAAAUAAAGAAAAGAAAAUGAAAAAAUCAGAUUAAAAAUACAACCAUUUUGAUAACUUGCAUUCGCUAUUAGGCUUUAAGAGCAAAGAAAAAAUACCUAAUGAUGUUUAUAAUUAAAAAAUGAAAGACAUAUUCAAAGCACCUUAUGAUUACAAUAUUAUGCUUUAUGAUGAAGGUUAAAAUGUGAAAGAAUUCUUAAAUAUGGAGGAAGAAACAAAUCAAGAAGGAACAGGGAGGUUUAGGUUUUAAAAAUCGGGUAGAAACAAAAUCAUGUUAUAUUUUGUUGGAAAGCAGUCUGAUAUAGAGAAAUUAGUUGAUACUAAUGUUAUUCUUUAGGCUUUUAAGGCAUUUUUUAGUUUAGAUACUAUUUAUGUAGAAUUUUUAGAGUAUUUCACUUUUCAGAAAAAAUUCAAAGGCAAAAGAAUAAGCAUAAUUGAUCAAAAAAAGUAAUUAGAAUUUCCUUUGAAAUAAAGAGGAGGUAGAGUUGGAGUAUUUUCCUUAUUUGAUGUAUUAUUAGAAUAUAUAGAAAAGAAGUCAUACACAAAUGUAUUUUUUGUUGAUGAAGAUAUUAUAGAAGAAGAUAACCCUGAUUUUAAUUUGGUAGGCAGGGCUUGUGGAGAUAGAAUAUGUAUUGUUUCAUUGAAAAACAUAACAAUAUAUGAAAUUAUUAGUACUAGCUUACAUGAAUGUCUCCAUACUUUUGGGAUUGACCACUGCAUAUAUUUUGACUGCCUUAUGAAUUCAAUGUAUUAGCAAGACUAGUUUUGGAUGUAGCUUUGUCCUGUUGACUUAUUUAAGCUUUAGAGUGAGUUAAAAUUUGAUAUAAAAAAAAGAUAUCAAGAUCUUUAAAAUUUUUACCAAAACAUACUUAAAGAUGAGAAGCAAGUUGAAUUUUUAACUUAAAUACUAAAAUCGUUAGAAUGA